CACUACUAAUAUAACGGCAACUGUUCUGUUGUUACCAUCGGUUGCCACUGGUUAUCGAUCCGUUUUGUCAAUAAUAGCAAAGCGGCGCGCGUACUUCCGGCAUUCUCGUCACUUCCGAUCGUGCCGUUUCGUGCGUCGCCCGCCGCGCGUCUAGAACCACCGAAUAUCCUCGUCAACCGUAUCGGUCACAGUCCCCGAGGUCAGUGUUGUUUUUAUUACGAUGCUCAAGCAAUGCCUAGUUUGUAAGACUCACACCCUCUCCCGCAUAUAUAUCGUUAAAAGCAAAAAAUCGUACAAAUAUGCCAGCUACAGGAAGAAAAAAGUCUGGAUUUGAAUUUAGUGAUAAACAAUUAGCUGAUAUAAACGAAGCAUUCGGAUUAUUUAAUAAAGAUGGAACUGGAUCAAUUGAAACCAAAGAACUAAAGGUAGCUAUGAGGGCAUUAGGAUUCGAACCAAAAAAGGAAGAAAUUAAACGUAUGCUUAGUAGUUUAAAUAAGCAACAUACUGGUGUUAUAACAUAUGAUGAAUUUGUAACCUUAAUGUCAAUAAAAAUGGCAGAAAAAGAUUCAAGAGAAGAAAUUAUUAAAGCAUUUAAACUAUUUGAUGAUAAUAGUACUGGAAAAAUAACAUUUUAUAAUUUAAAGCGCAUUGCACAAGAGUUAGGAGAGAAUAUUGCCGAUGAAGAACUCCAGGAAAUGAUUGAUGAAGCUGACAAAGAUGGUGAUGGGGAAGUUAGCCAAGAAGAAUUUCUCCAAAUUAUGAAGAAAACAAAUUUGUAUUAAACACAAUAUAUUAUCUAGUUCACCAGUAACACA